GGUAAAUUAAUCUGCGACAACAAAAAGCCACAAAACACGGAAGUGAGUCGUUCUUCCUCCCGCUGCUGACAAACUUCACAAGGUUUAACUUCGAGUCCAGAACCUCAGAAACGGUUUUUACCUUUAGACUCUUUCCAAUCCUUCUUCAGAUCCACGUUACAUUAAGAUGAACCAGCGUUUCGGGGCCAGUCUGCUGGCGGCCCUGUUCUUGGUCUGUGCCGUUCUGGCUCAGGACUGUGACUGGGACCAGUCAACUGAUCCGGAUCAGGGUCUGGACCCGGCCUCCGUGGACGCCGGAACGGUAAACCUGACCCGGCUCGCGGACGUGUCGGACCCGGAGAGCUGCCGGGCGGCGUGCUGCGCAGAGCCGGACUGUGACCUGGCCCUGGUCGGUUACCCGGCGGACGGAGGGCCGCAGUGCAUGCUGGUGAGCUGCGUGAUCCGGGGCCAGGACGUGUGCGUCCUCGAGCCCAGCACACAGUUCAAGGUUUACCGCAAGGCCACGACAGAGACCCGCACGGAAGCCAAGGAGGACGGGGAGAGCCCGCACGUCGUCCCGCUGCUGGGAUCCUUGGAGCCGAGGACCAACAUGACCAACAACAUUCGUUGUCGUCUCCCGAAGAAGGUGGGGUCGUGUCGAGCGGCCUUCCCCAGGUUUUACUACGAUGUGAUCAAUCAGAGCUGCCACAGCUUCAUCUACGGCGGCUGCGAGGCCAACGAAAACCACUUUGAGUCCCAGGAGGACUGCGAGGCCACCUGCAGCGGAGUCACAGGUUCAGUUCUUCCUGAUGAGUCGACUCCUGCUCCUCCUCAACUUCCUUUCAAAGCUGCUCGGAUGGCUCCUGCCUUCAAAACGCAGGUGUCCCAGGAAUCUGAAGGUCCAGUUGAUUAUGAACCAGCUGAUACAGAGUCAGAAAAGUCAGCCGAAGACUUCGCAGAGUACUGUGGGGCGGAGCCUGAUGUGGGUCCCUGCAAGGCAGCGUUUCCACGCUGGUACUACAGCAGUGAGACGGGUAGCUGUCAACCAUUCAUCUACGGAGGCUGCAGAGGAAACAAGAACAACCACAUGAGCAAGGAGAGUUGCAUCGCUGCAUGUACAGUCACUGUGCUUCCCUCGUCCAAGAAAGCCUCCAGCGAUGACAUUCCUGCAGAACACAAAGCUCGCUGCAUGGCGACCCCUGACCCCGGGCCCUGCCGCGCCGCCUUCCUCAUGUUCUACUACGACCCCAAAACCGAAACCUGUCAGUCAUUCACCUAUGGGGGUUGUCACGGCAACCAGAACCGCUACGGCAACGUGGAGGAGUGUAUGACCCGCUGUAGCGGAAACGGUUGGGUUGAAGGUCACGGCAGAGGUCGUAACCGCUGGACUGCAGCCGUCUUCCUCUUCGUCACUCUGGCAGCCGUCUCUGCUCUGCUGCUGGCGGCGCUCAUCAUCAUCACGCUGAGGCGUCACAGUCUGUCCCGCCGUCCGUCUUACAUCAGUGAUAAGGAGGAGCUGCUGCCAGAACCAGAUGAGCACUCCUCCAUGGAGUCCCUGACCGUCCCCGAGAGCCCCAAACUGGACAAAAUCUGAGGGGCGCGCCUGGAUUCACCCGGGGUCACUGAGGGUCGGGGUUUGUUUUAAGAGAUGCUCCCCCUCAGAACUGAUUUUAAAGAUGUUCUUCCUGUGAUUUGGUCCAGUCAAAGGAGGAGGCUGUGUCUGAUCUCAGGAAGAACGUGUGGAUUCAGUGCUGAGGUGGAUCUCUCACCGUGUGAUCUGUGUUAGGAGAGCUAACAAACUGUUUAAAACACCUGUCAGACUUUUAUUUUCUUUCUGGAACAGAUAUAACGUGUUAAUCAGAGAGCUUUCCCUUUGGCCAGCCAGGCUAGCGGUUUCCCCGUCUUUAUGCUAAGCUAACUAGCUGCCAGCCGUAGUAUCGCCGUGAGUCUGAGAGGAUUUCACCGAAGUGUUUCUUUUUUUAAGAUGUCUUCCGAUUAGUGAAACAUGGUCGCGGAGCAGAACAUGCGUCUGAUCUUGAACCUUUUUAUUAUUAAUAUAUAACUCUGUAGUUUCUGCUUUUAUUUUCCUCAGUGUUUAAGUGUUAGCAUUGAUUCAAUUAUAAGUUACUAAAUAUGAUUAAUUUAAUCACUAACUUUUGAAAUCAUUUAUUAAGUAGAACUUUAAUUUCUACAGAAGGAAGAUUUGCUGUUGUCUUUAAUCGUUACUGUGUGUGAUAUGAUCACUUUGACCUCUGGUGGUGGUCUGACUUCACUUUUUAUAUUUCAUGAAUUAAACAAUUCUAUUGUGUAAUCAAAA